CGUGGAUAAAAUUUAUUCUUGAACGAAAUAUUAAAGAAAGCGCGAUUUAAUGUCAGUUUUAAACUCAAAACACUGUUUUUCAAGAAUGAUUGAAGAAUCAAAGCUUAGUUUUCUUGUUUCUGAUAUUGUGCAUGAAAAUCAAAAUAAAUAUUGCAGGUUAUGUCUCGAACGCGUAGACGAUGAUUUCUUGAGAUUUGACGACUACUUGAAUAACGAUAUUGAUUGUUUUGAGAACUUAGCCGAACUUCUGAAGAUGUUUUUAGGGGAAGAGAUUUGUCAAGAUAUUCCUGGUAUAGAUGUUGUAUGCGUGAACUGUGCUGAUAAAACACUGGCAACAAUAAGUUUUAUUAAAAAUUGUGAAAAAUCCACACAACUAUUGCAUAAAGUAUUUGAUGAUCUUAAUAGAACAUUGAAUAUUGACAUAGAAUCAUCUCAAACAGGCGAGAGGCUUUACAUUGUUGUAGGCAAAGAAGAUUCAAAACUUGUUUUUGCAAAAAAAGAUAAAAUAGAUAAUGUUAAAUCUAUUAAAGUUAAAUGUAGGGAGUGCGAUGAAAUAUUCUGUAACAUACAACAACUUAAAGAACAUAAUGAAACUACUCAUGACAAAUACACUUGCACCAAAUGUUUAGAAGUAUUUUUAACUGAAAAUGAUUUAAUUGAACACGCUGACAGCACUGAAAACUUUACAUGUCCUGAAUGUCANAAAAAAGAUAAAAUAGAUAAUGUUAAAUCUAUUAAAGUUAAAUGUAGGGAGUGCGAUGAAAUAUUCUGUAACAUACAACAACUUAAAGAACAUAAUGAAACUACUCAUGACAAAUACACUUGCACCAAAUGUUUAGAAGUAUUUUUAACUGAAAAUGAUUUAAUUGAACACGCUGACAGCACUGAAAACUUUACAUGUCCUGAAUGUCACCAGUACAGAUGUACUAAAAAGAGUCUUAAAAAACAUCAAGAUGAACAACAUACCAAUUACAUAUGCAAGGGAUGUGGUAAGACAUUUAGAGGUCUACAUAAAUUACAGAGCCAUGAGUUGAGACACAAAGUCAAGAGUACAUGCCCAAAAUGUGGCAAACAUUAUAUUACCAAAGAAUUUUACCUGCGUCAUAUAAAGCUAUGCCUAGAAAACCAGUUGGACCCUCAUCCAAUGAGAAGUAAAUUGGUGAAGACACACUUUUGUGAUAAAUGUGGGAAAGGAUAUAGUACUCCUGGGGGUUUGAGAGUUCAUGAAAGAUUUGUUCAUGGUAAUGCCAAACCACACAUUUGUAAAUAUUGUAACAAGGGUUUCACAGCUCCGAGCUACUUAAAAAUACAUUUGGUUACACAUACCGGUGAGAAAAAAUUCCCAUGUGAAAUUUGUCAACGAAAAUUUGUUUCCAAAGAAGCUCUGUUAUAUCAUACAAGACGUCACACAGGGGAAAAGCCCUACAGUUGUCAAUUAUGCGAUGAGCGAUUUGUUAAUGCCUCCACUAGGGCUGAACACAUAAAAUUUAAGCACAUUGGCCCAACAUUGUUAUGUGAAAUUUGUUCUCAAAAAUUUGUGACACCAUCAUUUUUAAGACAGCACAUGAAGAAGCAUCACGAUCCAACUAAUAAAUUGUAUACAGAAUGGACUUCAAUACCUUCCAGUAUUACAGAACAAAACAUAUAGUAUAUCUUAGAGAUUACCUAUUGUAGGUGUUAUUAAUUAGUUAUGGUAAGAGUUACUAAAGCAUUGUAUUUGUGUGAAAUUAAUAAAUUAUGUUGCAUUUUAGUUUUAUUUAUUGCAAUCUAAUCCGUUAUAUGUAAUUAUUAUUAGUCCAUAAAUUUGUUUUCAUUCAAUAAUACAUC